AUACGGACAAAACGACAACGUUAUUCUAACGUACGCACCUUCCUCUAUCUCCCUAUCUUUCUCGCGCUACCUUCGUUCCAGCUCAGUUUGUCUCAGAAGAGAGAGAGAGAGAGAGAGUUAGCUCAACGAGCCACAACUCUUUCGACUGGUCUCUUUCUCGUUUGGUCGCUUGACUUUCUCAGGAACCAAACAAAAGCAAAAAGGGUUUUCUUGUGAAGCUUUUGCUGUUCAUGGUUGUUUGUGUGAUGUAGAAUGCUUUUCUUUCAGAAGAAGAAAAAGAUGCUCGGUUUUUCUCGAAGACGCAUGAAGUUUGGACGAUUGAAGGUUCAACAAUCUGACUCUACUCAGGGGACUAGAAGUCCUAUAAGGCCACAAUCAAAACGAAAUGGCAGCUCUAAUAAUACUGAAUGUGCUGCCAAAGUUAGUGGUCACUCUGAUGAACAUGAUGAUCGGUAUUUGCCUGCUGCUUCGGACACUGGUAGCUCUACAAUGGCGAACUCUGAGAGUUGGAUGGUGUUGUCAGUUUCUGGGGAUAAACCCACUCCCCGCUUUAAUCAUGCAGCAGCUGUGAUUGGGAACAAGAUGAUGGUAGUGGGUGGUGAAUCUGGAAAUGGAUUGCUAGAUGAUGUGCAGGUGCUUAAUUUUGAUAGGUUUACCUGGACCAAAGCUUCUUCAAAACUUUAUUUGUCAUCGAGCAGUCUGCCAUUAAAGAUCCCUUCUUGCAAGGGCCAUUGUCUGAUUUCAUGGGGGAAAAAAGUACUCCUUGUCGGCGGAAAAACUGAACCAUGGAGUGAGAAAGUAAAAGUGUGGGUAUUUGACACAGAGACAGAGUGCUGGUCGCUUCUGGAAGCAAAAGGAGACAUACCGGUUGCUCGCAGUGGUCAUACUGUAGUAAGGGCGAACUCUAUUCUGUUCCUAUUUGGCGGUGAAGAUGCUAAGAGGAAAAAACUAAACGAUCUGCAUAGGUUUGAUCUCAAAUCGUUGACUUGGCUUCCACUUCAUUUCAAAGGACCUGGACCUCCUCCUAGAUCCAACCACACAGCAGCUCUUUAUGAUGACAAAAUGCUUUAUAUUUUUGGAGGGGCAUCAAAGUCAAGGACCUUGAAUGAUUUGUAUUCACUUAAUUUUGAAACAAUGAUAUGGUCUAGAAUUAAGGUGCGAGGAUACCAUCCAUCACCUAGAGCUGGUUCUUGUGGAGUUCUAUGUGGAACAAAAUGGUAUAUUGUAGGGGGUGGAAGCAGAAAAAAACGACGUGGUGAGACUCUUGUCUUUGACAUUACAAAAGUUGAGUGGUCAGUAGCAAGUACUUCGUUCCCAUCUUCCAUCACCACCAAUAAGGGUUUCAGUUUAGUAUUGGUGCAGCACAAGGAGAAAGAUUUUCUAGUUGCUUUUGGGGGAUCCAAGAAAGAGGCAUCAGAUCAGGUUGAAAUACUGGCCAUGGAGAAGAAUGAAUCAUCUAUUAGUCGCCGUCAUACUCCCAGUAAUGUCCCAGGGAGUUUGCUCUUAGAAAAAUACUCAUCAUCCACAGAUUUGGCCAGUCAACUAAGUCUUGGAUCUUCCCAGCGCACAGUCGAUUCAGUUGCCAGACAAAAUUUAGCAUCAGCAAUUGAACAACAUGGCUCUGGAAGAUUAUCAUUGUCAGAAUCUCUAAUUGAUCCAAAUCCUGUUCCUGGCAAUGUGUCACUUCGCAAGCAGUUUCAUAAUGAGGAAGACUACAGCUCGGUUGUUAAGAUGGUGAAACCAGCAAGCGAAAGUUCUUUUUCACAGGCAGCAGAACAUAAAGUAAGUCAAUCGGAUACAGCAAUUCGUACUAGUUUGACUGGUGGUAAAAUCCAUAUGGAAGAUAUGCUUGCAGCAUAUGACACUGAAAGUUCAAACCUCCAUAACCAAGGAAGUGGGAGCCUGCAGGUUGAUAAUUGUGAUUCAGUACAACCUGAAAAUGAUAGUAAAGCUCCUUCAAGUAUAUCCCAGUUUUAUGAAACCAAAAUGUCCGCACUGAUAAGAAAGAAUGCAAUUUUAGAAGGACAGUUAGCUGCGGCAUUGGCAAGCCGAGAAGCUGUGGAAAAGAUUUCAUCAUCUGCUCUUAAGAGCAAACAGGAGAUGGAGAAAAAGUUGGCUGACAUGAUGAAAAGGAUGGAGUUACUGAAGGAGAAGCUAGCUGGUGUGGAACUUGCACAAGAAGAAGCUAACAACCUCUCCAAUAUAGUCCACUCGGACAAUGUAAGGCUUGAGCACGAUGUAGCUUUUCUUAAGGCAGUGUUGGAUGAUACCCAGAAGGAAUUGCAAUCAACAAGAGGAGUCCUUGCUGGAGAACGAGCUAGGGCGUUUCAAUUACAGGUUGAAGUAUUUCAUCUCAAACAAAGAUUGCAAUCCAUGGAGAACAGGACACCAACACCUCGGAAACCGUUCCACGUUUAGCAUAGAGGAGACCAAUGAUAACAGUUUUUGCAUGUUUUAAUGAAGACAAGCUGAAUGCAGAUCGGAAGAGCCCGCUUAGGUUCUCCACCCUUAAAAAGCUAGUCCACAUGAUUGACCUCAGAAUCAAAUAUGCUGUAUUUCAGUACUGUACAUAAUGUAACCCUUGAUGUAACAUUAUUUGUCAUUUCCACUUUGUUAUUGUUUAGCUGAUAAUUACAGUGUCAACGUUUGAUUAAUGAUUGCCCAAAGGGGAUCUAAUUUUGUCUUCUUGUGUGCUCA